CUCAGACUUCUCUUCCAAGUGCGAAUCCCACGAUUCAGACCGACGAGAUCCUUGCACAAGAGGACCUAGAUCAUUUAGCCACUUUCCUACCAUCUCUCGUUGUCAAGAGUUAUGAGACUUCCAGUAGCACCACACAACCCCUCAAACUCUCUGAACCCAUCUCGAGUUUCCCAGAGAUCCAAACAAGUCUCAUCCUGCGCUCAACCUCAAUAGACAAAUGGCGGACCCCCGGUCGAUAUCUGCUGUAGAAGUAUCCGGCCUGACUCUAGAGGAGGUAAAAAAAGUCAUCGAGGGGGUGUUCACUGCUGGGCUAGAAUCGCCAGCCCCGGAACCUAGACACACCACCCUCAACCACACUGCCCUUUUUGCGGCAGCAGAGGGCGGCGAGCUGGAAACUGUCAAGGUCCUUAUCCGUUAUGGCGCAAAUAUGGAUGCUCUUUGCGGCAGUGCACCGCAUUUUGAUACGCCGAUGACGGUCGCGAAGAAACGACACAAGUCGGAUGUCCUUGCGUUCUUGCUUGAGGCGAGAACGGCCAAAGUUUACAAAGCCCUUGGGCGGCGUGAGGCAAUGAGGCUUGAAGCAAAAAUCACAGAUCUGGAGAUAGCUAUCGGAGAAAGUCCUAUGCUACUUGACGGCCUAGCUCAGAGUGACCCCACAGCUUGUGUUCCUGGAGCUGAGCCAGGGUCCUUCCUACGCCAACUCGUCGAAUUCUUCGAAGAAUCUAUAAUUGCGGAACUGGAGUUUAGAGAGCCAUCUACUUUAAAGGAUCCUUCGAACACGGGCUUUCUGGCGGCUCUGCAAGCUCAUGGCCUGGCUUCCUUCACCUCGAUGCUGGCCCAUAUCAUGAGCAUGAAUCACAAGGACCCGACUAAGCCGCUCACGCAAGUGUACGUCCUUGCUAUUUCGGGAUUUAGCCGCAGACUUUUUGUUGGAGCUGAUCAACUUCUCUCGCUCCAUGCCCGAAAGCUACUCACCAAAUGGGAGAAUUCUCUGCCAAAAACUUUCUACGCCGUCCCGCACGAGCUUCAGCAUGCUCCCUACAUAGGCGACCUAUCCGGUCAGUAA